AUGUCCAUGCUGUCGUGCCGUGUGUUGUGUCUGUUGGCCAUUGUGCUCUGCUGUGUGGGUGUGGCUCAUGCUGCUGCUUCGAGUUACGAAGAACUUGUUAAGGAAGCACGAGAGAAGGUUAAGGAGACUUUGAGACUAAAUGCGGAGUGUGCGAAAGCCACCAACGCUGCUACAGAGGCUGCGCAUGCAGCUCAACUAUUUGCUCUUGAAAUUGGGAAGAAACUCGAAACAAUUGCUGCAAACCCAGACGAUGUGAACAAAACGAAGAGUAAAGGUCGUGAACUCAUUGAAAAGGCAACGCAGGCGGCAGGUGAAGCAGAAAAGGUGCGCGACCAAACUACAGCCAUUAAAACUGCAGCUGUAACCGCAGCAGUCCUUUUUGAAGACGUUUUCGUGGAGGCAGAGCAAGCAGCUGACAAUGCAGAGAAAGCGGUACAUGAUGCUAACAAUGCCAUCGACAAUGCGAAACUUCAUGCUGAACGUGUGGAGAAGGUAUUGAAGGACCUCGACGCCGAAGUUGUUGCCGCUGCUGAAAAGAAGAAGGAAAAACAGGUGGAGUCUCAGACACAGGAACAGACAAAUGAAACAUCUCUUGGUGAGCAGCGAGGCCAUACAGAAGGAAAUCAAGCGGAUCAAAAACAAGAAAAACAAAAACAGCACUACCGUUCUACUGUUACUAUUAAUAUCCGCGGAGAUAAUCUUGAUGCCUUACUCAACGGUGCAGCGAAUAACAGUGGUAUGGCAUUAAAUGACGGCAGCAGCAGCCCUGCGUUACUGCGUGUUCCACUCCUGCUGCUGCUGCUUCUCUCUGUGCUGGGCUGCAUGGCUGUGUGCUGA